AUUGCUGCAUAAUGAACCUGUCUAGCUUUGUCAUGGCAUCGUGUGGCAUCAACUAAUGACCAGCUGGUUACAGGUUACACAUGCAGUAGAAAUAUGUGCAAUUUUUAUUUCCCCAAGUAUAUCUCCAUUACAAAGAAAAAUCACAGAAUGACGUAGGGUGAUGGAGGCCCAGCCUGGGGCCCCAGUACAUGCAGCAAUGGACAGCGAGGUCACCGACCAAGGGGUUGUGAUGUCAGCAAUGCAGAUGACUGUGACCUCACUAGCCCUCACUGUACAGAUUUGGGCUCUGGCAGAGGCCAGCGUGCACUCGUGCCUGGACUCCCGUUGAGCAUAGCUGCGAGACUCGGAGCAGUGAGCGAGUUGGUUGAGUUGUGCUGUGGGGCUGCUGGCAGCAGUUCUUGGUGCCCACCCCACAGUACCACCAGCGUUUCCCCCAGCCCUGCCUGCCUCAGGCAGCUGGGGCCACACAGGGUGCACUUGUAGCAGCAGAGUUCGUAACACCUUCUGCCUGCUGCAGUACCUGUGAGGGGAGCAGCUUCCCGACCUCAGCUCUCCCAGCCCACCACACAGCCCGGGGCCAUGGAUGUGGCAUCCAACUGGACCUGCCCCAUCUGCGGGCAAAUUCGGGAGGAUGUCGCCUAUGUGACCCCCUGCAAACACCAGCUUUGCUACGGCUGUGCCAUCUGGUGGGCAAACAAGAAGCCGAGUUGUGCCGUAUGCGGGCACCAAAUCACCACCAUCCGAUACUCGGAGAGGUCGGACGAUGAUUACCUCGAGUGUGCUGUCCCGCAGCCCACAGCACACUCUGAGGACAGCCUGCAGGACGAGCAGGGGCCUGCAGAGCCGGUGCUCAUCCCACCUGAGCACAACUUCUCUGCCGAGGUCUGGGCUGCCUUCUUCAAAGACCAUCAGGGAGACCUCGAGCCCCUGCUCCACUGGCUGCGGGAGGAGAUCCAGGAGGCAUCCAGCAGUGACUGGUGGGAGGUGGAAGUGGGACAGUGGACCACUGUCAACUUCCUCUGCGAGCACGGCCUGGACGAGGAGGCCUUGGUGCGGGAGCUGCAGCCGAUCACCAACGGCGAUGUGCUGCCCUUUGUAAGGCGGCUCAUCAGCACCGCUGCAGCCCUGUACGGCCCAGCGAUCCGCCGCCAGCUGGACCAGCAGGAAGGCCGUGCUGCAGGAGGGCGGGAGGACAGCCCCGCAGCCAGCCCCAGCACCACCACCUCCCAUCGGGAGCCUCCUGCCUCGGUCCCAGACCGCUCCACCAGUCCCGCAGGGCCCAGCACCGAGGAGCUGCCCGGCAGCUAUACUGGGGGACCCGGGCACCCCAGCACCACCACCGCGCCCUCAGCAGAGGAGCCGCAGGUGGAGCCAUGGCAGGCGGUGGCAGCGGGCCCCUCCACCCAGGGCAGGGACCGCUCGUGUGGAGGGCCCCGGCGCCCCCCGAAGAGGAAGGCCCACAGCAGCCCCCAGGCCUCGCCCCCAAAAAGGCGGCCCCGGAGGCGGUGCUAGGCCAGCGCCACACUGCCAUCAGAGCAUGGCUCCAGCGGGCUGGGAGGCCAACAUCUACCUCUCGGCCUGCUGGUCGCUGGCAAAAUAAACAACAGUUAAAAUAAAGAAGAAAAUGUCUC